CGUGUGACGUCCACUCCACAUGACGGGGGCGGGGGGCGGGGGGCGGGCGCUGGGGGGCGGGGGCGGCGGGCCAGGCCCUCCCCGCGCUUCUCCGCCCCUUCCCGCCCCGCCCACAGCCCUCCUCCUGGCAGCCCAGCAACAAGCGGCCACCGCCCCCACCCCGGGGCGGGCAGGUUCCGACCUGAAUCCGAAAGUGCUUCUAAAUCCCAUGCUCCACAGGAGGUUCGGAGGGGGAGGCGCUCGGUGGGGACUGCUGCGUGCCCAUGUAGCCGAACCGACUAGAAUAAAAGCGUGUCCACGUCUACAUGACACAUCUGUGCAAAUGCAGAAGCCUGCGGAUGCUCGGGGCUGGCCAGACUUCAGUGUGCAGACACAUGGGCUCAUGCACGCGCGCGCGCUCACACACACUCACAUCCCAAAUUACCUCCGGGAUGGAGAAAGCCGCAGCGGAUUGGCCAGCAGAACCGUCACUCACGCCCAGGGGGCAGGGACACUUCGCAAAGCUGUUUCCUUUUUUUUUUUUUUUUUUUUCUCCCUACCGUUUCAUUUAAUGGUAAAACAACAGCAGAGCUCUGAAAGUUAGCCAUCUGCGCGGAGUUUGCCUUCUUUAAGGAGGGAGGCGUCAGACGAUACCAUUUAAAUAUAUUUUGUACUUCCACAAAGGAUGGAAAGGGAAAUUAACGAUGGGAGUGGAGGCGGAAAGGGAGCUCCGAGUAAGAAGGAGGGGUCAUCCCGCGGGGGGAGGGGGGCCGGGGGCCGACGCAGGGGAAAGAGUUGUUCUCCACACCGAAGAGGGACUUUGACCUUCCAUUGAUCUCGAAAUUAAAAAAUGUUUUUCACAGGUCAGAUUGUAACCAACACUCGUUCCUAAUUUAUGAACUCGUCGUUUUGAUUUUAUUAUUUGGCAUGCGCCAGCAAUCGUGUUUCCUUAAGAAAGAACUGACCUAUUUUUGGCUGGAGAUAAACGAUCAUGUUAACAGAUGUUAAUCUUGUAAUCUGUUUUUCCUGUAAGCACUUUACCUACCCGGGUUUCAGACCUUAAAAAUAACAUCUUUUCCAAAAAGACCUGACGUCACAAUUGACUCCCUGAAAAAUCACACUCCCCCUCCAGUUUCUUCCCCUGCAAUGAUUUCAAAGACGUUCAAUCUUUUCCACUUUAUAAAUGCUGAUCUGUUCUGCCUCUACUCCCACAGGCUUUUAUUUGCAUUUCAAAUUCCACAGGUUACACCAGUCGCCUUUUCAAAAAAAUAUAAACCAACAAUGAAGCAGCAAAUGGCUUUUUGUGCAUCUGGAUUAAAUAAAACACAGAAUGGAUAUAUUUAAAAA